AUGGAGCUGUCUGAGAUUGAGGACCUGCCGAAGAAGCUCCUUCAGGAGGAGGCUGGCCGUGCCUUCCGUCUUCAAGCUUCGCGAGCCAUCAAUGCCGCCGAAAAGGCGAAGAAGGCUUAUGAAGACGGCAGGGCCAGGGUUGCCAAGGCUGGCAAGGUUGGCAAGGCUAUCCAAGCUCAUGCGAAUUUGGCGAAAGACAUACAGGCUGCCGAACGGCAGGUCAAGGUUUAUGAAGUCGACACAGCUAACGGCAAAUGA